AUGUUUAUUAAAUUAACUUUUGCUGUAUUUAUUCUUUCAUGCGCUUCGUUGGUAUCAGGUUCGUACGAGGAUAAAAGAUGCAAGUGCGUUUGCCCUAGUCCUGCUGCUGUCCUUAAUAACACUGUGGGCUCCGACCGGAAACUGUAUAUUGGCAAUGUGCCGCCCAAUAAAUGUAACUGCGAUGGUGUUAUUUUGCCUCGAGUUGGGGAAUUGAUUAAAGGUCGCGAACAAGAAUUUUGUCCUCGCUGCGAAUGCAAAUAUGAGAACAGAAAUACAACAAUCAUAAAGGUUGUAGUGAUUAUUGUGAUAUGGGUGAUCAUGCUGCUAGUCGCUUAUAUGGGCUUCCUAAUCUGCCUCGAUCCGCUUAUCAAUAAGAGAGCCAAGGCUUCAUAUCAAGAACACACCAAUGAAGAUGAUGAAAGUUCAAUCAGUGGACCGUCACAACAAAUGGGUGCCCGGGGUAACGUUCUCAACCGUGUCACUCACCAACAGGACAAGUGGAAGCGUCAAGUGAGGGAACAACGACGCAACAUAUACGAUAGACAUACAAUGCUUAAC